AUGAGACCCUAUACAAGUACUCCUCAAAUUUAGCACAGGGAACCAGCACAUGUAUCUAUUGUCCAUAUCAUUUAAGUCUGCUAUUGAGUUUCGUCAAAAUGUUCAACAUUACAAGUAUAUUGAUUAUCCAUAUUUCAAGACCCAAAUUCUAUGUAACCAAGGCGCAUCAGGAUUCAAAUGAAUAAUUCCUUGCAAGGUAUCCCAGAAUAUUCAAAUUUAAGCAAAACAAGAGAUCCACCCAAUUCCAGAGAAUUCAAGAAGACUAUUCCCAAUACGAUGGUUUAAGAUAAGGAAAGAUUAUAUGAAGAGCUUAAUAAGACAAAACAAAUGUGCAACAUUCUAAAAUUGGAGAAUCACUAGCUUAAGGCUUAAUUAAAAAGUUAGGAAACUGCCAUGCUCAAAUGUAGUGAUGUACAUCAUAAUUUUAUUUAGCCUCUGAAUGAAGAGUACCCAUCUUCUGUUACUAAUGCUAUGGCUUAGCAGUAUAAGAAACAACCAAACGAAGUCCCGCAAUCUACUAUUAUUUUAUAAUUGAAGAAACAAAAUAAGGAGUUGAGAGAAGAGCUGGAGGAUUUUAAGGAGGAAAUGAUAAGAGUGAGGAGGAGUGCCAAAUUGACCAAGAUCUAAGAAUUAGAGGCUGAACUGAAAAAUUACUCAGAUGAAUCUUUACGCCUCAAGUAGCUUCUUCAUCAAUAAAUACUGAAAACUAUGAAUCCGUAAUUUAUUUCUUCAACUUUAUAGUACUAAAACAGAAUAAAGUUUUGAAGAUCAAAUUCUCACUUUGUAGGAACAGUUGCAGAAAUGCUAAUCUGAAAAAAAACAAUAAAACUAAGCACUUAAAAAAGUCCAAGGAGAAAUUAAACAUCUGAAUGCUGUGAAUUAGGAAUUAGAUUAGAACUAUUAGAAAAGCAUCAAAGAAAAGACUUAAAUUAAGAAGCAAUUAUCUUCAUUAGAAGAAUAAUUCAAUAAGGCUUAAUUAAAUGAUCCCUAAUUUAAAAGAGGGUAGGAUGUUACCUAAAUGAAAUUGGAACUAGAAAAAAAAGUUGUAGAAAAUAAUCAGUUAAAAAAUGAUAAUAUGAUUAAGGAUCGGAAGGUUCACGAAUUAGAAAGAUAACUCAAAGAUGUCACCAGUACCUUCUAAGAUAAAUUAAAUACAGUCACAAAGGAAAAAGAAAGUUUUAAGGAGAAGUACGAAAAGUAAAAACAGGAGCUCAUUGAGUUGCAAGAUAAAUAUUAACAAUUGUUCUUCAACAGUAACAGGAAUCUUCAAUCAUCACAAGUAUACGGUGGGAAGAGAGAACAAGUCUUCACUGUGCAAUCUUAAGAAGACAUCCAGAAUCAAAGGAGGAAAUCACAGGAACUUACACCUGAAGUGUAAAAGCAGAAUGACACAGUGUAAUAGAAUUCGCAAUCUACUUUGUAAGAGAAACAAAGUUAUAGAAGGAAAGUGCAAAGAAAGUUGAGUUCAAUUCGGUAAGAUGAUAUUGAGGAGUUGCUCACUUAGUUGAGAUAUAAACUAAGGGCACAGAAUAUCAGAAAUGCUGAAUUGGAAUUGUACUUGUUUCGUUCCAAAGACACUAAUGAGACAUCCUUAGGAGAAAUGAUAUAGAUUCUACAAAACAAACCUUUUAAUUUAAAUCAAAAUGAAAGCGUAUUGAUAUCACGCUAUUUGAUUGAACCUUAUGGUGAGAAGGAAAUCACUUAUAACAUCAAUUUAACAAAAGACAAUGAAAGCAUCAUGCAGACUCUAGUUAGAGCAAUUGGUAAAUACAAUAUAUUGGUUGGAGAGGAUAAAAUUCAAAUGCAUGAACAAAUAAGACAAAAACUCAAUGAAAAAAAGGAUGAUUUGAUGGCCUGUCUGAAACCAAAGAAAUAACAAGGAAGUUCGUAAUAAUCGAUAGCUGCUCAAUUGCCUGGCAGUCUAGUGAACAGACAAUAAUUUAAAACAGCACUGUUGUAGACUUCCUUGGAUGAGGAAUAGACAGAUGUUCUGUUAUAAACAAUAUAUGAAUAGACUUAGGAUUUCAAUUUCAUAGAUUUAGAUAUGGUGUUCUCAACUUGGCCAAGUUCAGGACCAAUUAAAAUAACCAGAGCUUAAGUAGAAUAAUCGAAUGAGGAUGGUGAAUUACCUGACAUCGUCCGAGAAUGUGUAGACAGUUUGUUGGAAUAUGCCAAUAAAAAUGGCUUAUCAAUCUUAGACUUAAGAAGGCAGAUUGAUGAAGAUAAUAGUGGGAAUGUUGAGAGAACUGAAAUGAAGUAGUUUUUGCUUAAGUGUGAAAUUCAACUAAAUAAUGAACAGUAUGAUUUAAUUUUAGAUCAUUUUGAUUUGGAAGGGGAUGGUCGAAUAUCUACUAAUGAUAUAGGAAUUGUAUUGAAUAAAGCAUAUAAUCAGAAGAUGUAGGCCAUGAAGGAGCAGAGAAGUACAAAGAAAACUUCGAAAUGUAUUAGUAUCUAUAUUUAGAAAUCCUAAAUUUGGUGGCUACUCACUUUUUGUAAUUCAUGUAAGCUAACAAGUUAGAUCUAUUCUAAAUAUUUAUGACUAUCGAUCAGGACGGCUCUGGAUCUGUGAGUAAGGAUGAGUUUAAAUAAAUGUUGAGGACUAGAGUAAGUUUAUAUACUUAAAUGGAAGAUUGUAAUUCCUUUGGAUUAGGAAGAGUAUGCAGAUUUUUUCAAACUCAUUGAUAAUUCAAAUGAUGGAUAAAUACACUUCAAUGAGUUUCAAUAGCACAUGAUACCUGAGAUUGAGAAGAUUAUUUAGAGACCCUAUCAUGAAAUGUUGAGAUGAGCAUUAAAUACUAAGAAA